AUGGCUGCAACUUCAACUACUGUCGGAUCUGCCUUUCUCUCUGCACCUAUUCAAACCAUGAUUGACAAACUAACUUCAAAGGACUUUCAAGAUUACGCCAACAACAAUAAGCUAAGUCUCUCCCUCGUGACGCAGUUGCAAACAGCACUGCUCACUCUUGCGCCUGUGCUGGAUGAUGCUGAGAAGAAGCAGAUCCACUGUCCUGGUAUCAGAAAAUGGCUUGAUGAGUUAAAAGAUGCAAUCUUCGACGCAGAGGAUUUGCUGAACCAAAUUAGUUACGAUUCUCUGCGGUGCAAGGUCAGGAAUCCGGGGUGGAAUUUUCUUUCAUCUCUUUUUAAUACCAGUGAAGAUUUCAACUCCCAAUUAAAGACUGCGUGUGAGAGACUGCAGCUUUUUGCACAACAGAUAGAUAACCUUGGCUUGCAAACGGUAAGUCAUAAGGUUCUUCCUACAGCCUAUAGACGUUCAACUACAAUAUCAUCUGUAAAUGAAUCUUUUAUUGUUGGUAGGGUAGACGAUAAAGAGAAACUAAUUAACAUGUUGCUAUCUGAAAGAGAUAAUGACAAAAAUAACUUAGAAGUUGUUGCAAUUGCAGGCAUGGGAGGUCUGGGUAAAACGACCCUGGCCAAACUUGUUUACAACUACUUAAAAGUUGAGAAUCAUUUUGAUCUAAAAGCCUGGGCUUCUGUGUCUUUAGAUUUUGAUAUUUUGGAAAUAACUAGAAGUCUCCUAAAAACUGUCACUUUAGGAAACUGGGAUACCAAUGAUCUUCAUAUUCUCAGAGCUGAAUUGAAGAAAAACUUAAGGGGCAAAAGAUUUUUGUUUGUGUUGGAUGAUGUGUGGAACGAAGUAUAUGAUGAUUGGAUUGAUCUCGUAAGUCCUUUUGUUGGAAAAUCAGGAAGCAAGGUGAUCAUCACAACACGUAGCCAUUCAGUUGCAAUGAUGACAGGUGCAUCACAUAUUUAUUUAUUAGGUGGUCUAUCGCGCGAAGACUCUUGGUCUUUACUCUUAAAGGAUGUCUUUGCUUUUGGGGGCUCUGUAGACCCAAUGCUAGAAUAUAUUGGCCAGAGCAUUGCAAGAAAGUGUGGCGGACUGCCACUAGCUCUUAAGGCACUUGCAGGACUUCUACGGACUAAUCUAGAUGCAGAGUAUUGGGAUGCAAUUUUGAACAGUGACAUCUGGGAAUUACCAACAAAUGAUGUCAUGCCGGCAUUGCAUGUGAGUUAUCAAUAUCUUCCUUCUCACUUGAAAAGAUGUUUCACUUAUUGUUCCAUUUUUCCAAAAGAUUAUCCACUUGAUAGGAAGCAACUGGUUUUGUUGUGGAUGGCAGAAGGAUUGGUUGAGAAAUCUCUAGAUUCAAAGGAAGCCGAGAAAAUAUGUGAUGAGUUCUUUGAUGAAUUGAUAUCUAGAUCCUUAAUCCAACAAUCAAAUGAUGAUACUGAAGAAGAAAAAAUUUUCAUGCAUGACUUUAUUAGGGACCUAGCUACUUACGUGGCAGGAACAAGUUGUUGUCGGCUUGAAUAUGGAACUAAGAUCUCUAAAAACGUUCGCCAUUUAUCAUAUAACCGUGAAAAGCUUGACAUUUCUAUGAAUUGUGAGAUUUUUCACGAUUUCAAAUGUUUGCGAACCUUUCUGCCAGUUGGCCCCUUGUGGGGACAAAAUUGCUUACCUAGACAAGUGCUUGAUGAUUUUUUACCCACUCUCAUUAGAUUGCGUGUGUUAUCGCUGUCAAAGUAUAAAGAUAUCAAAAAGCUUCCUGAUUCACUUGGCAAUUUGACGCAGUUGAGGUAUCUAGAUCUUUCCAACACAGGAAUCAAAAGUUUGCCGGAUACGAUAUGUAACCUUUACAAUUUGCAAACCUUGAUUUUAUCAAAUUGUUGUCAUCUCAUUGGUUUGCCAUCACAUAUUGGAAUGCUGAUCAAUUUACGUCACCUUGAUAUCAGUGGGACGAAAAUAAGAGAGAUGCCAAUGCAAAUUACUAAGCUAGAAAAACUUCAAACUCUAACUGUUUUUAUAGUGGGUAAGAGUCAAGUCGGGUUAAGUAUCAAAGAGCUCAGAAAAUUUCAAUACUUACAAGGAAAACUUACUAUCUUGAACCUGCAUAAUGUCAUUGAUUCCAUGGAGGCAUUUGCUGCAAACAUAAAAAGCAAACAACAAAUCGAGGAGUUAGUGCUACAAUGGGGUGAGCAAACUGAAUGCUGUGAAGUACAGUUAGCCGUGCUUGAUAUGUUGCAACCAUCAAUAACCUUGAAGAAACUGAGUAUUAACUACUAUGGUGGAAAAAUCUUUCCAAGUUGGUUGGGAGAUUCUUCAUUCUCUUACAUGGUGUACCUUAGCAUCAGUGAUUGUGAAUAUUGCCGUACACUUCCACCACUAGGGCAGCUAUCUUCUCUGAAGCACCUAAGGAUAGAUGGUAUGAAGACGUUGAAGACAAUUGGCCCGGAGUUCUAUGGCAUGGUAGGAGAAGGUUCCAGAUCUUCAUUCCAACCAUUUCCAUCCCUACAGAAUUUGCAAUUUAGAAACAUGUCAAGUUGGAAAGAAUGGCUUCCCUUUGAAGGUGGAAAAUUUCCUUUUCCUUGUCUCCAAACUUUGAGGUUACAGAAGUGUCCUGAACUGAAAGGACAUUUGCCCAACCAUCCUCCUUCCAUACAAGAAAUCGUAAUAAUUGAUUGUGGUCGUCUCCUGGAAACACCAUCCACUCUGCAUUGCCUCUCAUCCUUGGAAAAUAAAAAUAUUGUUUACCUAAAAUGA